AUGUCGAGUACCAGUCCAAUUUUCCCCGUCUCUUUCUCUGACAUUGAUGUUGAAUGCUGGGGAGGUAUCAAGGAAGACAAGCGAUGUGAAUUUGCGCAAGCGGGAGAAAAAGUACGUGGCCUUCUUCCAGAUUCAAUGAUACACCGUUGGGCGCUGGAUAAGGCCAAUUUGAAGAGAGCCAAUCCCGAAGAUGGGGCCAGCAAGCUCUACAGGCCCAUCCUUGACCCGUAUGAAUUUCGCCUCCUCGAGCUCAAACCAGGUGGACAUAAUGACGCUCUUCAAGGUUCACUGCAUCAUUGCUCACUUGAACUUGUGGCCAUCGAAAGCGAAAACAAUCCUAUUACGUGGCGGACUCCUGACGAAGAGAGAUAUACUUGGAAAUUCGCCCUUCCGGUGAACAACCUUACCGCACCUAUGCAGUACACAGCGCUGAGUUAUAGCUGGGGCCCUCCGGUUUUCGAGGGUAAGAUAUCCUGCGACGGGCACGAGAAGGCGAUCACGCGAUCUCUCGAAACGGCGCUGAGACAUUUCCGAAAAGAGGAUUGCUCCGUGGUCUUCUGGAUCGAUCAGAUAUGUAUCAACCAGGACGACAACGGGGAAAAGGAAAGCCAAAUUCCACUCAUGAGCAGUAUCUACAGGCAUUCACUGAAUACCGUAAUCUGGCUAGGUGAAGCUAGUCCCGGGUCCGACUUGGCUAUUCGGCUCCUCGAAGACAUCAAUGUUCUUUUGCAGUUCAAUGAUUCGAGCAUCAGCCCUGAAGAUUUUGAACGUUUGGGACUGCCGCAAGCGGAUUCUGAAUCAUGGAAAGCCCUGUGGAGCUUGUUAGGGCGAUCAUGGUUCUCGCGACUUUGGAUCAUACAGGAAGUCAUACUCUCAACAUCGCCGUGGGCAAUGUGUGGGUACGACUGUAUUUCUUGGAGCAAGUUGUCGACUAGUUGCUACCAUCUCGUGACUUGUGGCAUAUCGCGCUGGUUGCAACAAACGCAGGCACCUAUUCAAGACGCAAGAACACGUACCAAUGACCAAGGCGAUCUUUGCCAGUUAGCCUCGGGGCUCGGUGAAGUCAAGGAACAGUGCGGCCAGGGCCAGUCCGGCCCACCUCUUCUCGGCCUACUUGUCAAGACACGGCAUGCACAGUGCUACGACGCCCGAGACAGAAUCUACGGGCUUCUUGGAGUUUGUUAUCAUGGAGACGCUGCAGCGGUUCGUGUAAGCUACGCUCAAGAAUAUACUGCUGCUAGCUUGUUCCAUGACAUGGCCCUCCACUAUCUGCAACCGAAACCUGGAAGCCCUAUCAACAACGUGCUCACCUGUGUAGAUCAUGAGUCGCCCGAUCUUCCCUCGUGGGUGCCGGACUGGAGGUUACCCCGCGAGACUGAAUCUUUGGGGUACUCCAGCUUCAGUCGGAAUAUCUAUCACGCAACCGGCACCGGGUCUCCUCCUGUUAGCGAGAGGGUUCAAAUAACGAACAUCGAGGAAAGAAGUCAGCUGUCCAUUCGAGGCAUCUUAGUCGACAAGCUUGUUCGAACCAGCGACCAGUUUAUUGAGCCCGAUCUCACUUAUGUGAACUCCUCAUCAGAAAAUAAAACCCUGCUUGCAGCUUAUAGUUUUGUCUCCUCCAACCUCGACUUAUUUUCUCCCGUCAAGGAGCACGGUGUCUUCUCAUCAUUUUGGCACACCCUUGUCGCGGGACAAGAUGCCGGGGGUAUGGUCAGAUGUCCAGAAUCGUACGCCGAGAUCUUCAGCCUGCUCCUCGACGAGACCACGGGCCAGUCCCCCUCGCUACCGGAUCAGACGUAUUCCCCGCGUCAAUUGCGGCCGAAGGGCAAAGGCAGACUGGAGGUGGCGAGCCUAGAGUCUCGAACCGCAGGGCGGAGCUUUCAAGACGUGCGGGCAGCACUGAGACGGGUCACAAGAAACAGACGGUUGGGGAUCACGAGCAAGGGCUAUCUUGGGUUAUUCCCGAGAUAUUGCAAGAAUGGAGAUUUACUAUACCUGGUAGAAGGAUGCCAUGUGCCGUUUCUGUUGAGGCCGGCAGGGGAUAUAGAGGGAGGACAUCGGCUGGUUGGAGAGUGUUAUGUACAUGGCAUCAUGGACGGAGAGGCUCUGAAGUUGGAGAGCGCUGAUAAAGCUGACAUUGUGCUGGUUUGA